AUCGCUUCCAUACUUGUGUGUUUACAUCGCUGGUUAUCCUGCUACUUAUGUUACUACAGCUGCAGAUAAGUAGCACAUGCCAGAGUGUUUAAGCAGAACAAGUGAUAUUCAUGAAUGGAAGGUUUGGUAAUUAUGUAACUGAGACAAACAAUCGGAAUUUAACUCGAAAAACAGUGUUCUGCUGGCGGGAAUUGAGAGGCAUCUCAGUAACUGAAGGUAAAGAACGCGAGAAGUUAGUUUUAAGCAUAACGCCGGACACGAGAUGUCGGCGAAGAGUAAAACCAGUAACGAAACCACCGAAGAAGUGGAAGAAGAGGUGAAUGAAGACGAGGAAGAGGAAGAAAACAGGGAGGUAGAGGACGGCCGCGUUUGGUGGAUUGGAAAGAAAGUCAGCGAAAUGCUGAGGUUCGCUCUGCCGUCCCUCACACCCUCCCUCACCUGGCCACAACACCCGGAUCUUGACCAUCAUCACAUUCCCCUCAAAAAAUAUUUGGACGAAGCCCAGGAAGGCAGUCUGCUCCUCUUCUGGCAUCCGGACGCUGACGACGAGGAACAAGCCGAAGGAGGAGGCGGCAUAGACUGGGACGAGCAGGCGAUUGGAGCGCCGUUCUCCUCUGCUGCAGGAACGACGACUUUCUCCUGGAAAUUCGACGAUGCUGACCAAGAUGAUGACGAUGAGGAACACGAACCCAAACUUGAGGUUGAGACCUAUGUUCAAGUGACGGGCGACGGCCCGAGACUUCAGGUUCUGGAAGGCGGGUUUUCUCCUGAAGUCAUAGGCCAGGCUUCGGUGCUAGUGAAGAAGGUCGUGCAAGGAAGCGUUCCACUCAUGACAAAUACCCUGGAAGCCAGCGUCCAAAUGCCCAAUUAUCUCCACAUGACUUUCUUCCAUCGCCAGACGCAUUUCGUGAUGCACGAGAUGUUCGAUUCGCUCUAUUUACCAUUGUGUGAGAAACUGGGGAAGAGCGACAGAACCGGGUACCUGGCCUCUCUGUCGAAGACGUUCUCCAGGAUAAGUAAUCUGAAGGAACCUGACCCGCCCCUGGACUACGAUUCCGAAGAGGACGAGACCAAGAAGCGCCCGUCGAAGGUCGCCUCCUCGAGAGACGCCGACGCCGAAGAAGGCGGGAAGGGCGGGAACGGUGACCAGAAGGACGGCAAGGAGGAGGAGGAGGAGGACGCGGGAAGGAGCCUGGAGGUGCUCUUCCUGAAGAACGUCAACAGAAUGAAGGCGAAAUUCUCUCAGGAAGUGAAGGAACCUACACUUGGGGACUUACGCCAGUCUUGGACCGAUAAUUACCUGGUUCUCUCUGCGUCUCUGGCGUUUGUUAAAGCACACCCUGUGAUCAACAGCAACGCCGAACUCGACAGCGAAAUGGCAGCAGAAGCCAAGGGCAGCGUCGAGACGCUCUCAGGCCUCCACACUGGCUACUCCGACUGCUAUCGCUCUCUGUUCUACUUGGAAAAGUUCUUCAGGGUCGUGGGUGAGGGCCGCCUGGAAGCGCUGGCAGGCCACGCAGACGGUUUGCUGGAAGUCCUGGAAUUCAUCUGGAGGCUGGGGAAGAAAGAUGGCAUUAGUGGGAAAGUCCAGAUAAUCUUGGAGUCGGCUGUGCAAAGUCUGGUAGAACUGGUCACUCAAGAACUGCGCCCUGUCAAUCUCCUGCCCUCGAACAUGCGUGAACCCGUGCCAUUACUAAAUUCUCAGAGCAGAGUGAAGUCAGCCUUGGCCAUUGUGGAGGAAUGGGAAUCUGUCAUCACGCGCUACGGAGAAUCUAUUAACCAGUCUGCAAAGAGACAGAGAGACGGGCGACAAGACUUUGACCCUUGUCGGGUGUUGGGCACCAUCGCCAGCGUCAGGUCCAUCUGCGACGAUUUGGACGAAAUAAUGAAGGUCCUCUUAGAAGCUCAGACGGGGUUCUCGGGCGAAUGGUCAGCCCUCAUCAGAGUCCGGGACCCCGACCAAUUGAAGAACAUCACGUCGCAGGUGCUAAAGGUACUGACGGCCUACGACUUCAACAUCUUCUCUCCGAGGAACUACGACAGAUGGGUGAGGCAGAAGGACGACUUCCAGCUGUCUGUCCAGAAGUGGGAGCAGGCAGUCAUCAACGCUAUUCACGAGAGCUUCAAAGACAGGCUAACAUCCGAGUUGGUGACUGCCGUGGCAGGGGUACUCGGAAAACAGCCCUGUAGAGCAGUAUUCAGGGAAUUGCUCAUUUCACGGCUGCCAGAUUUACUUUCUGCCUUUGCAACAGAGGUCAAAGGGAUACGGGCAGACUUCCAGGCCCAGCAAAAGAUUGAGAGACCUGGGACCCAGGCGCCGUUGUCAGGUCGAGUUCGCUGGAUGGCUACCUACCUCACCAAGAGAUUGGCAGCGUGGACCACGCUGAAGGAUCUGUAUUCCCAGUAUCAGGGUUCAAGUGCUGGGGGAGAGCUCUGGGCCGAAGUAGGCGCAGAGGUAGAGGAAGUGCAACACGAGGUAGAAGGGGCACGGGCCAAGAUGGUGACCGGGUGGAGCGAGAGAGUUACCCAGCAGAUCCCUAAGUUGCUGGUGACGCCAGUUCUGUCCAGGAACCCAGAUCACAAAGGGCCUGGCGGAUGGCAGGUACAGCUCCCUGGAGAACUGCAGUGGAUCGUCUGGGAGUCUGGGCAACUCCUGCAGACGGGGAUCAAGCCCCCGGAACUGGCUGUUCAUCUGACGCUCCAUUACCAGACCCUGCAGACGGCGGCCAUGAGUCUGCAUCUCACCCUCAAUGAUUACCAUGCAGUGCUUGCUGAACUUAGUCAGGUGCAGCGUGAAUUACUAAGCGCCGAGCUGUCUGGCGCCGAGAGAGUUCUGGCAGCCGGGCAGAGGGUGGUGACCUGGUCUCCCGCCGCAUUGACACAUUUCAGCGCCUCCUGCAAGGAUGUCAUUGAACACGUCAGAGCUUUGGCCAACAAGCUCAUGAGCAUCACCCACCGACUCGAGGACUACCUAGCAACUAUCCAGAGGACGAACCUGCUGGAGGUGACGCCCGGGGGGGCGUCGCCAAAGCAGAUGCCGUCUCUGAUGGAGCUUAUGGAGGUCUGCAGCAAUCGGCGGGACGAAGCCCUUGAGAUCCUGGAGGAGACCUACGACAAGCUGGUGACCACCCUGGGGUCAGCAGGCCUCCUUCUGGACAGCGCCGAGGAGGGGGCCCCAGAACAGCUGGCCAUCCACAUUCGAGCCGCCCCUGACCUCAAGCUGAGACUCGGGCCUUUCUUGGAGCACUGGAAGCACAAUGUCAAAGAAGCAAUCAUUCUGAUGAUGGUCGGCAGCAUCCGGGGCUUCGAGGAGUGGCUGAACGGGGAGGCGGUCCUAUUCGGGGUCGAGGCCAACCUCACCAUGACCGGGGCACUGACCCUGUCCCCCGCCCCUAAUACCCUCGCCACGACCCUGGCGGACGCCCUUGGGCAGACGGUGAGAUGCGCCAUGUCCUUCCGUCACUGGGCCGAACUGGACGACGGCACGGCGGCUCUGGAUCCAGCCCCCACGGCUGACGAUGACACCCUGGCGGCCACUACCUUCUACAGUCAGAUUUCGACCGAUCCCCGCCUUCAUGACUCGGUCGACAGAGUCCAGACUACAUUUGCGAAAGUCAUCCACAAACUGGAUAAGGAUUUGCAAAAGUGGUACGCCUACGAACACGUCUGGAAGAGGGACAAGGUGGUGACGGUGACCCGGUUCUGCAGCAGAGGUCCCUCUGUCAAGCAGUACGACGACAAACUCCGAUUCUACACUCACCUCUCGACUGAACUCGCCCAGGCUACCGGUCAACUCACGCACGGAUGCGUCAACCUGAACGUGGGGGGACUGGUGAAGCAGGUGGUGGAGCACAUCGACGAAUGGAUGAAGCUCUUGGGCAAAGGACUCCUGCAGGAGGCCAGGUCUCGGAUGCAACACGUCCUGCACCAGAUCACGACAAUCAACAGCGCCUUGCAGAAGUCACCUGACGACCUGACGGCACUGACGGUGGUCAUGAAGGGCGUGGGUCAGGUCAGCUCUGAGCAGGCUCACCUGCACACGGCACUCCUUGAUGUCAGUCAGAUGUUCCAUACCCUCCAAGUCUACGGGAUCAAGGUACCCAAACGCGACUACGAACAGCUGGACGACACCUCUGCCCGCUUGGAAGUCCUUCAUCAGACAGCUGCGACCGUCCAGAAAGCUGUUGAACCCGUGCAGCAGCUGUUCCUGUCAAGUACCCAGAAUAAGAUCGACGAAUUCAGCAGCACGGUGCGGGACUUCCACAGGAGGUUUGAGGACCAGGGACCCGGCUCCGUCGGGGAGAAUUUGGAGAGGGGCGUCGAGCUUCUGAAGGAAUAUUCUGCAGAAGUGGAAGAAUUAUUAAAGAUCCGUCGGGCUCUGGAAGAAGAGGAGGAGAUCUUUGAUUUGGCUGCCACUCAGUACCCUGGCCUGGACAAUGCCAUACACGUCAUGAAACAAAUGAAGGGCGUCUUUGCCAUCUACCAGAAGCUGAGGACGAUCGAAACCACUUGGCGAACGAUGCGUUGGCCGACUGCGAAACUGGACGAACUGAAGCACCAGGUGGAAGGAAUCCAGAGGGACCUGGCUGAGUGCGAAGGAUCUCAGGAUACAGAGGUCGGGAGGUCCCUCCACCAGCGUCUGCAAGACCACGCCAACAGUCUGGAAGUCACGGCGGCUCUGAGGCAGCCCGCAGUCCAGCCUCGUCACUGGCAGCGUCUUAUAGCAUCUGCAGGAUGCAAGGCUGACUGGGUCGGAGGAAGGAGCAUGAGUGGUGUCAGCGUCUGGGACGUCCUGGAGCUGCGCCUCUCUCGACAUCCCCUCCUGGUGGCCACAACUGUGGCCAUGGCCAUCAAGGAGAACAUCUUGAACAAUCACCUCACGAACAUCACGCAUUGUUGGCAACAUGCCAGGCUAACCGUGGUCACCACAUCUUCCCUGUGGUAUGUGGAUGGACUCGAUGGACUUCUGCAGCACUUACACCAUCAUAACCUCGCAUUGAAGACCUUAAGAAGUACAAAAUACUGUCGACCCUUCGAAGACGACGCCAGUCGCUUAGCGAAGACGCUGGUGAGGAUCGAGGAGCUGCUGGAGGCCUGGAAAAGCACCCAGAGCAGAGUGGUUCUUCUUCUUUCGCCUGCCGUCAGUUCCCUGCUCGACACCUCGGUCCUCAAGGUUAAACACAGACAGCUGAUCGAGAGGACGGAAAGAAGACCCAUGAUCCUGGAACUGUCCGCCAACGGGAGUUACGUCCAAGAGGUGUCGUCCCUUAGACGGGAAGCUGAUCUCCUGCUCUGCCGUCUGUCCCAGUCCCUGUCGAAGCCCCGCCGACAGUGUUCCAGGCUCUACCUCCUGACGGAUCAGGAGAUGACCCGCUUAUUGGCCGAGCCCUCGUGCAAGUUGCUCAGUGAAUUUUCUUAUAAGCUCUUCAACAAUGUGGUCGCCAUGAAAUGGGUGGACACGUACGUCACGGGCGUGGUUAGCGUCGAGGGCGAGCAGCUGGAUCUUCCCACUGCCGUCAACAUCGCCCAACUGGAGCCAAACGCCCAACCGGACGCGGGCGGCGUGGGCGUUGGCGCCAAAGUCCAGAGGAUCAUCGAUGGCCUCAAUCUGGCAAUGAGGAAAGCUAUGAAAUCCUCCGUGGACGAACUGGGGAGAGAGAUCAGGCUGUUUCGUUCGAUAUUGCAAGAGCAACCUGUUGCAGCAGUGACCGUAGCCUGGAGAGUUUGGUGGGCGGCUGGAGUGGACGUAGCCUUACAAAAGAGAGCAAAAGGAAACAGAGAAACCCUCCGUCAGGUUCUGGAAAACGUGAACGAAGACCUCCUCUUCUUGCUGGAAGCCAUGGGACGUGGGGCACCCAUUGAGGGGGAGGGGGAGGUGGAGGAGGUCGAUGACCAAGACUAUGAAGGCACGGCGCCAUUGAGCUCCGUCCGGACGUCCUCACGCCUCUCCACCCGGACAGCAAGGCGCCCCCAGCCUCCGGCGCUCCCUCCAGAGAGGGGUCUCUCCCUACUCAUGGCCUGCAUUCACGCCAGGGACGUUGUCGCCGCUCUGAUUCGCAACAACACAAGCCGGACUGACGCCUUUUCAUGGAUCUGCCAUCUGAGAUAUUCUUGGCAAAAUAGUCACUCUUCACUUCUACUUCACGCCGCCCACUGUCACAUCGAAUAUGGGUAUGAGUACAGCGGCUGUGGAAAUCGCGAUUACGUCCUGACCCCAGGAACUGAAAGGUGUAUUUUGGCGCUAAUCAACGCCAUAACUGCUCACACUCCCCCAUUGCUCGUCGGUAAAAGCGGAUGUGGCAGACAAAGUCUGCUGGAAACUGCUGCGCAUCUAGCUGCUCGAUUCAUCACGAGUUUCACGAUGUCCAAGCUUACCUCGGCUAACACCUUGAAGAUUCUUUUGACAGGAACAGUCAUAGGAGGUUGGUGGACGGUGUUUCGAGACUGCACUGCGGCUACUCCAACUGUCCUGUCUGCCCUUGCGUCAACUUUGCUCGCCAUACACCAGGCUCACAGUCACACGACGUCAACCCCUGUUAUUCAGAUUGCAGGAGAGGAAGUCAGUUUGCAUCCUAGUGCAGGCAUUAUCCUCAUAGCAGAGCAGUUCCCCAGUGGUGAUAAUGAUGGGAAAACCAACUUGAACUCUAUAGUGAAUGCUAACAAGGUUUUUGUGAAUGGCUGGAAGUUGCCUCACUCGAUGGAGACACUUACGCGUCCAAUACGUGUCGCUCCUCCACCCAUAAACACCUUGAUCUUUGCAUGGCUUCAGGCCAGUGCCAUUCCCAGGGCUCAGGAGGUGGGCGAUGUCGUGGCAGAGGUCCUACGGCAGGUCAUGGAAUCCUAUCGCACAGAUGUUGUCAGUAGCCUUCGUGUUUACAUGAGGUUAACCCAGCAGGUCAUGUCAACCCUUUCGGCUCUCCAGAGUAACUCGACCCCGGUUGAAGCUGCCGCUGCUGCAUUUAGGAAAGUGAUGGUUCCUCUCGUUCCCAAGAAAUCAGUGCUAGCAGUUGACAGCGUCCUGGAUCUCCUCAAGCCAGAAGAUGACGAUGGUGACUCGGGCGCCGAGGUCGAGAAGGAGAGCGACAAACUCCUGAAGGAGACCAUCCUGAGACAGCUAAGUCUCAGACACAUUCCUUCGCAGAUGGAGACAAUCAACACCCUCGUCAACGACCUGGACGACUGGGGCUGCGUGGUGGUCGUAGGACCUCCUCGCUCUGGGAAGUCCUCCGUCAUCUCGGUGGCCACGAGGUUCCUCCUGCAGAGGGAAUCGGAGCCGAGGACAUCUGACGGUUACCCGCAGAGCCCUUCGGACGCGCCGAGGUCGUCUUCUCUCACGGAAGGGCGGUCUAAUACUCCUAUGGAGUCGCAGACGAAGGGUCCUGGAGGAGGAGGAGGAGGAGUGGAGGUCGAGUUCCUUCAGACGGAUCGAGAGUUGGCGGACAGGUUCGUCUUCGCCUUGAGGCCGCGUAGUUACAGCACCUCCAGGUUCUACGGAAACUCGGAAGGCGACGGACUUUUUUCCAGUCUUCUGCAACACCUUGCCUGGAAAAGGUGUCGGAGCUUCGUGGUCCUGGAAGGGAGGGAGAGCGCCGAGUGCCUCCUCCGCAUGAGGGAUCUGCCUGGAACGUUGGUCCUGGAAUCCUUGAAGACCCUGCAGCCGAAUGGAAACGUCACCUUCAUCAUCGAGGUCUGCAGCACCGAAGAGGUCCCCGAAUGGGUGCUGGGUCGCUCAGCCAUCGUCCAGAUCAGUCCAGACACCCUGACGUCCAGCGCCCUUCUGCCCUCCUCCGAUCUGGUUCCCAUGACGCCCUCCACUUCCUCGACGGGAAGGCUGAGUCGUACGAGCCAGACCCCAAGGACUGCUAGCAAACCCAAUACUCCUAUCCCGGAGGAUCCCGAGCGGCUGUCACCCGGGAAGGUUCGGGAGUACAUCCUGCAUCGCCUUCUGCAGCCAGUUUUAGAGAUGUUGAAGGCGGGGGCUGUACUGCACUGCAUUUCUGCCGUGGAUGUCCUGGAGCAAGUGAACUUCCUGUCCCGAAGUGACGUCAACGAGCGAGGCCAGAAUGGCCCUGGGGGAAACGGCUCCGGAGAAGCGAAGCUGAGGUUAAACGACCAGCUGGGCAGCUUCCCACUGCUCGUCCAGGCGGCUCUGCAGGUCAGCAGAGCCAUUUCGAGUGCUACGCAGCUGCCAAAACUUCAGGAGGAGAUUGGCGGUGCCCUCAAGAAGCUAGGGAGUGAUGGAAUCCUUAGUUCGGCAGAUAAGGAGGUUGUCCAGAGUCUGAGUUCGUGUGGCGGCGCUGCCUUCGACCAAAGCUGGGACCUCGUCUCUUCUUCGUGGAGUCCUUGGUUGCUCGUCGGCGAAGACGAAGUCGAUGCCAGCGUCAUGCCAGAGGUUGGGUAUGAGGUCGCCCCAACGCGAGAUGCUCGUAGGCUGAGUUGGCUCAUUGGAAAGAUGAGUCAGAUCUACCGUCCACUGGUCAUAGUUGGAGGCCCUGGAAGUGGGAAAACGACUACUGCUCUUCAGGCUUUGUCCUCUCUCACUGACUGGAGAAAAAUCCGAGUGGACGUGACCUGUACAACCACGGCAGGCGACCUGGAAGACGAGAUUCUGAGGCAGGUCACCAGGAAGUCCUUCGACACACUCAUCCCGAGCUCUCCUACGAUCUUCUUGCUGGAUGAUUUGGGGCGUCUGCCCAGGAACAGCCAGGCUUUCAGUUUCUUGCAAGGAAUAGUUCUGCACAAAGGCUUGUACGUCGCCAAAGACAAUAACAAGUGGAUGAACCUAAGCAACGUGUAUAUUGUAGGCGUUUCCAGCUACUAUGGAGACAAGUGGUCCUACGUGGAGGGGGUAGAAAAAUUCAGUGGCUGGGCCAUCUACAACAUGGACUUCAAUGAGGACGCCUGCACCUUCUACGUGUCCUCUGCCCUGACGCCAAUAAGCUCCCUUCAGAGUCAGGUCGUUUCCACGAUGGUGUCAAUGACAGAGGCUGUAGCUCAGAGACUGUCCAUUAACUUCUCCCGGAGGAAGGAGCCCUUCAUCCCUCCCAAUAAACAAGUCCUCAAGUGGCACGUUGCCGCCGCCCUCAGACGGGUCUUCCACUCGCAGCAGGCGGUGUCGUCCUCCGAGAUGUCAGGUGCUCUCAUACUCAACAUCUGGCUGCACUCUGUAACUUCGGAGUUCUUGUUCAACCUUCAUUCCCAGAGGCGCAAAGACAAGGCAUGGCACGAAAUCCAGUGUUGCGUGGCUGAGGAAGGAAUGGACAUUGUGGGGGCGGUGCCCUCCAGCCCCCCUGUCCCCCUGUGGCCCCCAGGGAUGGAAGAUGGCCAAGGGGCCUCACUCCUGCCGAAGUACGUCAACGCAGAGGAAGCUGCAAAGCAAAUCGCGGAGUGUCUGAGGGCCGGGGGCGUGACUGACACCUCCAGAGGGCACGCGGGCAUCGGAAUGGGCAUCACAGUCAUCGUGGACGCCCUUCGCUCUCUCGUCAUGCCCCUGGGGACUCACACGGCUCCUUUCCUCCUCCUCGUGGGGCCUCUGACGAGGGACAAGGAUGUCACGCUGUUUCUUGCUGCUAAUUACAUGGGUAUGACGCUGAAGGCCUGUGGCUCAGCCAGCGAAGUGACGUCAGUGCUUGGCGCGCCUGCGCAGGAGUCGGAAGUAUAUGAGUCUAGCUCGGCCGUCCAAAAAAUGGAGUCUUCUGAUGAUAUACCAGCUUUAGUGUUGGUACCAGCAUCUCUUCUAAGUGAUAAGGACGUCUGCAGGGCAGUAUUGAAUGCUUCAAGAGACUCAGGCAGUAAGAAGGAAAGGAUAAUAGUAGUGAGCGGCUGCAAAGAGGAGAUCUGGGCCUUGACCUUCGAACUCAGGUCAGUGUCAGGUCACGGACGUGUUGUGUGUUUACCUGCUCAGACGCUGGAACAGCAUUACACUUUCGUCAAGGAUCGGAUUGCUCAGGUGGACGUCAUCAAAAAGGAAUCCCGGAGAAUUCAAGAGGAAAUCGCGGAUUUUGUGGCUCAGCUCCACCUAUCCUACUGCACCGAAGAAGAAGUCUCUUCGAAGUCCCGAAGGAAGAGGAUGUCUUCUCCUGACAUCACCAGAGGGAUGACGUCCAUCCCAUCGAGGUUCAACAGGAUGCCUCCCGUGGCCUCCAUGUCCGAGCUGAUUGAUGUCUUCGGAGGACUUCUGUCCCAGGGGAAGGACCAGGCUGUGUCCGCUCUGAGCGACUUGGAAAAGGCAGUGAGCAGAGUCGCCGACUUGGAGAAUCACGUUCGGGGUCUCAGGGAGACGCACUCUGGCCUCGAGACUUCCAUUUCUGAGGCUGAGGUCAACAUCAAGGACAUUUCUGAGAAGCUGGAGGAGAAGGAAGCCAGCAUCGUCGACCUGGAAAACACAGUGUGCGAGCUGAGAGGGGAGGUGGCCACCGUCGAGAGAUCCUACGAGGAGCUUCGGGGGGAAGUGGCCGAGUAUAUCGAGGAGACCAAAGCUCCUCUGGUGGAAAUCACUGCCGAGCUCUCCCAGCUGGAUAUGCAGAGGAUAAGAAAGCUCCUAUCUCGAGCGCCUCUCUCGGCCAUCCAGGUGCUGUUCGAGUGCUCCGUCUUCCUGCUGGGAGCCACGGACAUGUCCAUGAAGGCCGUGAAACAUGCCACGCACGACAACACCUUCUGCAAGAAACUGGCGGCUGUCUGCGUGCCCGGACUCAACGCCACCCAGAUCAGUACCCUCAACGAAAAGCUGGAGCAAAUCAAGAUGACCAACGACCACAUGGCCAGAGUGAGUGACAUCGGAGGGGUCCUGCUAACUUACAUGCGCACCUUGAUCUUCUACUGGCACCGUCACCACGAGGACAUCCAGCCUCGCCAGGCUCGAGUCGAGGCUUUGAAGGACAGUAGCAAACAGCUUCAGGUGGAGAUAGCCACCAAGGAGCGCCUCAUCCGCGGCCUGAAGGAGGACAUCACGAGCCUCAACGCCACGACGAAGGAGGAGGAGGGCAAGAUGAUCUCUCUGAAGGGGCGCAAGAUGGACGUCGAGGAGGAACUCGAGAGGGUUUUGGCUGUCAUCAACGAGCUCAGGCCCCAUGCUGAGAGGUGGCAGGAGGCCAUUGAGAAGCAGAAACUACUCUUAGAACAAGUCACGGGCAACGCCCUUUUGAAAGCAGCCUGCCUCGUCUACCUGACCGACCUGACGCCCAUCGAGAGACAAGACCUCACUGAGAAGUGGGAGAAGGACCUGGUCGGAAGGGGUCUCCUGAAACAGACUAGUGAUAAGACGGAUGGUUUGAAGUUAGUCUCGAAACCAGGAGACUUGCAAAAGGACGUACAAGCAUUUGUUGACCACUACGCUGCCAGGUUGAAGUGCCUUCUGCUGCGCGACCCACAUCACGUGGUUGAGGAGUACUUGAGUGGAGGAAUAUGGAUCAGCACAGAAACGGACAGAUGGAAGGAGGAGGUGCAGGACAGACUGGAUAACGGCGAAAAAAGAUUAAUCUACUUAUGGGCGCCUCACUCUAGGGCGCUUGACCUGGUCAAGUGGAGUGAAGCCUACCUCGGGAAAGAGUGUCGCGGAGAUAUCGCAAAAGAAACCAGGAAGGCUAAGAUUAUUGUUAUCAUGGACGGGGAGUGUUCUGAAUUCUAUUGUCCUCUGUGCUCAACUCACACCAUCCUCGAUGUGACUUUGGAUUAUAAGGGAGCUGUCCACCAGUUCUUGAGGGCCAUCUUGAAGUGGCACUCGCCGAGGCUGGAGGAGCAAGUCCAGGCCUCCGUCAGGAGCGUAGCCAAGGCCCAGGCAGGGAAAGGUAAAGCGGAGGAGAACCUCAUCAAGACUUUCAUAAAUUCGAAGAAGGUUACCGAUAUGACGGAGCUCGAGAGCUUCACCAGCCUGGUCAGGGUUCUCAACGAGGCAAUGGAAAAAGGAAUCGAGACAGAGAGGCAGCUGGAAGGCCUCACAUCCCAAGUGUCGGAGAAAUACCUGAGGGCUUCCAAGUACAUCACACGCCUGUAUCAGGUGACUCACUUGGUUUCACCCCUGAAUUCCGGCUACUCGGUUCCUAUCACCCUGCUGUUGGAGAACCUAGCCCACAAAGUGUCCAAGUUGUCAGUCUGCGUCGGAGAAGACUCUAGUAAAGAAACUGACAUGGAACAGCAGUUGAAAGAGCUGGACGAAGCAAUGACAGCCAGUGUGAUAGAGCUUCUGGACACGAGACUCCAUUUGCAGCACAGAGUGACUGUGUCCACUUGCUUUGCCUUGGCGAAGCUCGACAUGGAGAAGGUCAGGGAAGACUACGUGACUUCCUUCUUGACUCCUCUGGACAAAGGGCGGGACGUCUGGUGGAGACCCAAAAAGAUCAAGAAGGAAGCGACUCUGAAAGAAGACGAAAAAUGUGAAGGAGAUGGAGACGAUGAAGGCGAAGAGGAGGGGGAGGCGAAGGCUGAUGGUGAAGAGGAGGUUGUUGAUGAUGCUAAGGAAGAGGAAGGGGAAGGAGAUGAAAAAGAAGAUGCAGUGAAGGAGGAGGAGGAGGAGGAGGAGGAAGAGAAGAAGAAAUUGAGGCGGAAGACUCUGAAGAAGAGCAAGAACAGGAUGAAGAAUUUGGUCUUGAUUGGAUGCCCAAGGAAUACAAAGAGAGUCUUUGAGAGGCUGACCAGCCUCUGUUCGAGUCUGUUCCCUUUGCCUGUUGUAGGAGAGGAGUCUGUGGAAGAUGUCAGAUGUCAGCUGCUGAAGUGGAUUCGAUCAGAGGACGAUGCUCCUUCACCCUCAAGUCUUUUCUGUGUUGAUGAUGACCUCAGAAAGGCUUCCCAAGAGGUGCUCUUAGCAAGGCACCUCCGACCUGACUUGCUGAUCUCGGCCAUGAAGAAUCUCGUGGGCAUGGCUCUUCCUCCGUCGACGUUGCCAGAGGAGAACUCGGGCCUGUUGUCUCGUGCUCUGACCCAACACUGGCGACCCAAGAUGACCCCGAGGACGGGCAUAAGUGACCUCAUACAGAUUCACGUUGGAGGCGGAACGCAACCUCUCCAUGAUUUGCUGACAGCUGCAAAAAAAGCUGGUCUGCCUUACUACAAGCUCACCUUUCUCUCCAUGGCCACUGCCUCGCAACAGGAACUGCGUCGUCGAGUGGUCAUGGCCGCCCGCCGGAAGACGUGGCUCGUUCUGCUGGACUGUGAGGUCCUGCCAGACUCCCUUUGGAGUAUUCACGCUGCCCUUAAGCUCCUGCCCUCGACGCUCUCUGCCCCUACAGUCAUUUGCCUCCUGGCCAAGGGACUCCAUACCGUGGAGGAAAUAAACAGCUCCGUCGUGGUUCAGCUUGAGAUACCGAACACCUUAUCAUCCAACCUGGCAACACAUCUGCAGUUUGGUUACGACCACCUCCAAGCGCACGUCGGCGCCAGCGGAUCGAACCCGGGGCAGACGCAAGCUGCGAUAUUGGCAACUGCGUACAUCUUUUCGCUGUUACAGACGCGGAGAAUAUACGGAGAGAACAGUUGGGUUUCGCGACCUCUCCUGACCCAAGCAAUUUUUAAGGAAUCUCUUUCUGCCGCUCACCACCUCACCGAAGCAUUCAAGGGGAAGGUCACCUGGGAGACCCUGGCUGCUCUUCUGGCAAAGGUGACUUACGGCAGCGUCGUCACUGCCGCCUUAGACCAGCACAUCAUCGACAGAAUCUUCGCUGACCACCUGAACGACAAGAGUUACUUCCUCCCCGUCAAACAGAUGAAGGUGCACAGGCAGGCGAGCGUCGUGGAGACGCCGACACCAGAUGGCACCACUGAGCAGCCUGGCCUUGGUGGUCCCACGGGGGAUGAGGCGGACAGGGUCCUCUCUCCUGUACCCACAAUCACGACUCCAGUACUGCUGGGGACGUCUGGUGGUCCUCACCAGCAGCCUUUGGAAGCCCAGGGCAACAUCCUGCUUUAUUCGUUUCCAGAGAGGAAACUGGUGCUGGAUCUAAAACUUCCUCCACAACAGGCCAUUGAACGGGUUUGUGAGGUAGCGGAGAUCUCCGAGGCGCAACUUGUAGGACUAAGCGAACAGUACCGCCAUUUGCAAAGCCACCAGGAACUAACCAACAGUCUUGAGGUCUUCACAGCCACUCCUUUGGUGAGCGUACCUAAACACGCAGUGAUGAGGAUGCUAAAAGAAUUGCAAGGUCGCCUCCAUGGUCCCCUCGGUCCUCGUGCUGCCCAGGUUGUCAAGGAGGAGGACCUAGAGACUCUCGCCUGGCAACGGGAAGUGGAGAUUUGGGAUGAAAUGCAAGGGAAGAUGUCUCAUCAGCUACUCCAAAUUGAGGAGGCCCUGUCCAGAGGGUGUGCCCGACCAGCACAGGCCUUAUUGGCCCUGUCAGACAUUGUUCGUGAGUGUGUGUUGGAUCCCGACAACUGCGUGACCUCCAAGGGUGACCUCAAGGGUGAUGUGAGACAAGCAGCAGCGAAGGACAACCUCGUAACCCUCUGGAUAGCGAGGACCAUCACGAAGGACGUGCUGUUUCUGAGCGAGGAAUGGAAGGCUCGCCACCACCACCUUUUGUGUUGGGCCGAAAGCGAGCUGGCUCCCGCCGUCGUCCGCCUCGGGAUGAUGGAGAUGCCCGGCUGGUGGCUGACGCGCCUCCGUCAGGCGGUGUGCACAAAGGCCCACUGGCUCCUGCAGGGAUCUCUAGUCUACGCCGUCCCGUCGAAGCCCGGCGACGACGAAGAUGACGAGGAACGUCCUAAGCAGGGUGCUUACGUAUCUGGAGGCAAUCUAGUCGGUGGGAGGUGGUAUAAGGAUAAGGUUUAUCCCGAUGCUCCCAAUGAGCCUAACCUUCCGAUGACCUUCGCUGUGACCGUGUCUCAUGCCAUGAAGCCAACGCCUGUUGGAUGUGCCUGGGUACCAGUGUUAGAGAAGAGAAGGGCAGAGAAACCUUUAUUUCUAGCACUUCUGCCUCUCCACUCGAGCCUUUCUUCAAAGCGAUCUCCUCUGCAUGUUAUCUUGCACUGACGUCAUUUCCUGUCCGUCCGCCAGCCCGUGCAGACAUAUACACUACGUCCUUUCCUAAAAUUCCUGUGGAUUUAACUCGACGCUAAACACCUUUUCAGACCUUUUUAGGCUUUCCUAACCUUCCCCCACCCCCAUCACCAACAACUUGUUUCAGACCUUUUUAGGUUUUCCUAACUUGGCC